GGUUGGUUCAUCACUUUGUUACAUUUGGCUUAUGUAUCAUUGUCAUGCUCUAACAUGUUUUGCCUUUUUCCCUUUACGAGUGUUUGACUAUUGGUUAUUUCUACAGUAUAUACAUAUACAUAUAAUCUUAUCUAUCUCAUUUAAAAGUUUCCACCAUAAUGGCUUGUGGGCAUAUCUGGGUUUUCACCAUUACUCAAUUAUAGUACGUGGUGGUGAGAAAAGUUAAGAGACUUUGAAUGAUGUAAGCUUGAACAAUUGGGCAAAGCAUGAAGAUGGGUGCAAUCAUUUGUGACCCAUGUCAUCAAAAUACUUUUUGUCUUAUACCUUUCUUUACUUUCGGUUAAAAAGAGUGAAAUAUUCUCAGUUUUUUAUUUUUAUGAGUUUGGUCCCUUUUCACCCCAUGAGAUUAAGAAGGCGGAGGCAAUGCUUUCCUUCUUGCUCUUCCCAUCACAGAGUUGACGAGGAUGAAACUUACUGGAGACAAAAGAAGGGAGAUGAGGAGUUGGAGUGGUCACAUGAUUCCACUCACGUAAUAGCGCAAUUAGCUCAAUGUUUUACAAAUGUUAUGGGCGGACCGAGGUCAUGGAUUGGAGGACUAUUUAGCCGGUCAGGCAAUAAGCGUGAGAAGUACCUCGACUACAGGUUGAGCCCUCUUCAGGAACAAAGACUUCAAAGGCUUCAAGAGCGAUUACAAGUUCCAUUUGACGAGACUCGUCCUGAUCAUCAAGAAGCUUUAAGAACACUGUGGCUUGCUGCCUUUCCUGAUAUUACUCUGAAGGGUUUGAUCUCGGAGCAAUGGAAAGAGAUGGGGUGGCAAGGUCCUAAUCCAUCCACUGACUUUAGUGAAUUGGUCUACGUAGGGGUUGCGGAUAUAUUUCCCUUGAGAAUCUGCUAUUUUUCGCCAGGACUUAUCCGGUUAUUAUUAAAGCAAGAUGGGAAGCGAGCAACAUGGGAGUAUCCAUUCGCUGUUGCGGGAAUAAAUGUAUCAUUUAUGUUGAUUCAGAUGCUGGAUUUAUACUCAGCAAAGCCAAAAUGCAUUCCAGGAAUCAAUUUCAUGAAAUUAUUAGGAGAAGAUGAGGAAGCAUUUGAUGUGCUAUAUUGUUUAGCAUUUGAAAUGAUGGACGCUCAGUGGCUGGCUAUGCAUGCUUCCUACAUGGAGUUCAAUGAGGUUCUACAAGUCACGCGAACGCAAUUGGAAAGAGAGCUUUCUUUAGAAGAUGUACACAGAGUACAAGACUUACCGGCUUACAAUCUGUUGUACCAGUAAGUAAGUACGUAGCUUUUGGAGUGACUGACCUCUUUGGAAGCCAUAAAAGAUGAUGAUUUUGAGAAUUAGUAAUUUCAAUGACAUGAAGACAUAGAGAUGAGAGAUUGUAUAGAAAUGGAUUAUGGAUUUGAAUGUCUAGGUCACCCCUUGAAUAAUUGUGAGGAGAUCUAGUUGUGAUAUAUGAAUCAGCCAAGGAUUGAAUUAGAUUCUACUAUUUGAUGUAUCACCGAACUUGUAUUAUAGAAGUUGAGCAAAUUUUCUAGGUUGGUAUAGUUGAAGGAACAACAUGAUAUGGGAAUAUCUCUUGUUUUGGUUUGUAUUAUAUUCUCUAGUCUCUGCAAAACAUGCUACUUCCCCUAAA